GAAUUUCAUAAAUAUAACACUGGAGCUCACCUGGGGCUGGAGUUCCAAAAAAAACCCAAAACCUUUUCAAAGUACUGUUGCUCAAAACGUUUCAGUCUGUAUCCAGUUUUAAGCAGGGGAUUUCAUUAUCCAUUUAGUGGAAGGGACAGAAAUAAUAAAAAAAAAAAAAAGUUAGGGAUUGCUGCAGUGAUCUUCCAUUUCUGAAGAAAAUCAGUAAAAUAAAUGCUCAAGUGAAAGUGGAAUCAAUACCAGUCCAGUCAAUUCUGCACUGAAGAAGGAUGACAGAUUCUUUUUUAUACUUAAAAAAUGUAUCCUGCAUUUGUGCAUUCAGGCUGGAAAUUUCAAAGGGGUCUAGGGGAGCUGAGUACCUAACUUCCUGUCUCAGUGAGAUUUUUUUCUUAAUUCACUUGGACUUUUUAAAAAAUCUCAAUUUUACAACAGUCAUGUGUUUAGGAUUUUUUAAAGUUUCAUGAAAAAUAUUAUAUCAGUAAACAGAAGCUUAACUUGAAUUGGUAUCUGCAAAGGUUAUGUGUGAAUAUUAAGGACAAUAUGGCUUCAGACUCAAGUGGAUGCUCAGGUACAAAAGUUGUGGUUUUUUUUUUUCUUGGGUAAUAAACGUCAGUAAGGUUUGCUGCAGUCAUGUGGUGAUACUGUGACACAGGCAUGAUUGUAUUGAAGUUCCACAAUAGAAAUAUUUUACUAAUGUGUAAAAACCAUUAAAGCUUUGAUAUGGGACAUUUCAGAGAGAAGUUCAAGAUAUUGCUGGUGAAAUUCAGAAUUUUCCAGGUUUCUGUGAAUGGAAUUAGCUGUAUCUGUGACAUAAAUAAUCAGGUGUUGCAAAGACUGUAACUUACAGCUCUAGACAAUUGUCCCUAUGAGUGUGAAUUUGUCUCCAGCAGCAGAACAGACAAAAUCUUCAUGAGCAGAUUUCCAACAGAGUGGGAGUAAAAUUCUUCUACAUAAAACAUUAUGAAGAAGAUACUCCAAGGUCUAAGGAGCUGUGUGGGGACGUAGACUCCAAGAUCUAACAUCUAGCACAAGUACAACUAAAAGCAUGGAAGAGAAGAAAGAGGAGAAACCAGAAGAGCAACUUACAGAACCUGAAUCAGCUUUCCCAGAAGCCUUACUAGAAUUUCAAAUUGAGACAAAAGAAGCAGCAAUUGAUCAGGUUUUGUUUGAUCUGAAAAAAGUGGAAAAAAAGAACAAAGAAUAUAAUGAAAGAAAUGACCUUCUGAAGGAAGAACAGCGGGCACACAUCAGGCGCAUACUAAGACAAAUAGAAGAAGAGGAGAAAGAACAAGAUGAAAAGGAGGUUGUAACUAGGGAUGAUGUGGAAGAGUCACUGAAAGCAAUAUGGCAGUAUGCUAAGGACAAAGAACAACUGCUGAAAGAUCUGCACUCCCAGAUUGAAGAAACUGACAAAAGACUUUCAGUAAAGCGGCGUGAGAGGGAUUAUUGGUUGGAGUACAAAAAUGUAGGAAGUAAAGCACAGGCCAACAAGAUUAUGAAUCUGGAAAAAAACAUCAAGGAAGUCAAAGAUGACCUUCACAGGGCUACAGAAUAUUAUACAAAUGCUUUGAAAGCAGUGAAAGAAGAAAAUGACAGACUGGUUGAGAGGCACAUGAAGUUAAGUAAGGAACAGGCCCCUGAGAAUGCUCUAAGAUACUUAGACAAAAACUGUCGCAGAGAAAUUGAAGAGAAUGAAUGGCUAAAAGAAGAGGUUAAGAUCUACCAAAAGGAAGUAAGUGAUUUGAAAGCUUCUAUUCAGCUCCUGGAAGAAGAAAAUAUUGGUUUAGUGACAAAACUGAUUGAUGGCAGACUUCAGAAUCUGAGAGUACCCAGGCAUUUGUUUCUUACCCAGGCAGCUGGCUUGCGAGAUGAAUUUCCUAAGGAUGAAAUGAACGAAGUAGAGUAUAGAGAGUAUGCAGCGAAAGCAGAUGGAGAUGAAAGCCUCAGAAGUGCCACAGUCCCCUGUCAGAAAAACAAGACCUUUGCAAAGAUUCAGUCUAAAACAGAGAAUAAGAAGCCUCAAGACAGUGAUGAGGAGCUGCAGGAAAAGUCUUUUACUCCAACUCUUGAUAGCUUGUUGUAUGAAGAUGAAAAAGAUUUCCAGGAAUACUUAAAACUGGGUCCUUUGGAGACAAAGCUGAUGUGUGUGGUUGGAAGAGCGAUGCCUAUUCAUGAAGAACCAGAAGGAAUGCCAAGCAGGAGCCACAAAGAAGAUGGUAUUAUUGGCAAAUCAGAGGGGCACAUCACGGCUCAGAUGAUCAAGGCCUUAUGUAAAGAAAAGGUUGGUUAAAAAUAGACAAACUGUGCUGUUAACAUAGAAAUGUAACAUUCUCAGCUCAUUAAAUAUCUGCUUUGUUCUUCAAGGAGUGUGUGGCACUGGGCUUUGUGGAAACUAUUUUUGAGUGCCCUAAUCAUGAUUUACACAUGUAAGUUUAGUGAGAGGUAUGUCUGUGUGCAGAUGGCUAAUUGAAAGGUUGCUUUACUUACCACUAUGAGAACUCUUGUGCACUUUUUGGACUCCCCAAUCCAAUUAGCUGCACAUAUAUCUAAUAAAGGGUAUGAGUUAGUAUUUAGUUUUUGUGGUACCCACUUGCAGUCUGUCAAAUGUGGAAUUCCCUCUUGAUCAGACACUGAAUGGGUAAAUGCAGGCUGCAAUAAAAUGUAGACCUGUUAAAAAAUACUUAAUAUUCUGCUAAAGUGGAAUCUAAUUUAUCCAAGCAUAAUCCAACUAUUGCUAGAAACUGAAUGUUUGAAUGCAUUUUGUCUCCAUAAAACACCUACUUAAAUAUAUUGAAAUAACCAAAAAUUGAUUGAAAAAGAAAAACCAAAACCAGAGCAUAAAAAUCAUCAAAGUCUUAAUUUUUUUUUUUUAAUUGGCCAAAUAUGUUGUGUAACCCUGUACCUUUGGUUUGUGGCUAGUCUCUAUGAACACGUGCAUUGAUUCAGUGGGGUUUUUUUCCACUCUCAUUGCACGUCCUGGACACCUUAUCAGAAGUACACAAUGCAGUCACUUCCCACAGGUGCAAGUAGGCUUCUGACCUAUGCAUUUCCUAUUUAGAAACUUGUAAAAGCAUUGAAUAAUCUGAUUUAAACCCUUGAUGGGUUAAUCAGCUGUUUGGAAUAAAGCUUUCUAAAAAGAUUAAA